GUGCUUGUGUCUGCCGCGCUUCUCGCUCCGAGCGGGCAGGCAGGCAGGCCGGGCAGGGCAGGGCCGGAGCUGGCUGCCAGCUGGCAGGCGCCCCGGGCCAGGGAGGCGGCGGCGGCGGCGCUGCUUUCGCUGCAGCUGUUUUUAGUGCCCUGCUGCUAAUUCCGCCGCAGGAACAAACUUUUCCUCUCGCCUCGCGCUGCUAUUUCGGCGAUGGAGGAGUCACAAGGCGCCGGGCGUCCCCUUCUAGAGUUUAAUCCCGCUUUACUCCUUCUUUUCCUCCUUCCCUCCUUCCUCAGGCGGCCGACCCCGCCCUGCGGCUAAAUAUACCCGCUUCGCUCGCUCUUUCCCUCCGGCCGGCUCCCCGGAGUUGACUUUCCCAGCUGGCCGGGGGCAAAAAGGGAGGGGACGACUUAGCCCGUCUAUGAGGCAGCCCCACACAAAGAAAGCCCUCUCUUCCUCUUUGCUCUGUAAGUCUCUUUUUCUCUCUCUCCUCCUUCCCACCCUCAGCUGUCUUCUUAUUUUCUUUGGGGGGAGGGAGUGUUGCAUGUGGGGCAAAUCAUUUUGCAUAAUAGGUCCAGGCGUUGCAUGCGUCUGAUUCUUGGACCCAACACCAAAUGGGGUGAUCACGAACUCCCCAAUUAUUAUGAUUGGGGGGGGCAAGGAAGAUGUAGAACAGUCUUGAAUACAGGUAGAAGAAGUGUGUGUGUGUCUGGGUAGGGGAGAGUCUUUGUUUUUAACCCGCCCCCCGUGAAAAAAGGCUUAAACCUAAGGACAUUUAUAAAUCAAAUGCUAUGAUUCUAAAUGGUGCUCAGAAGGUCUUUGAAAACAACCACUGAAUCCUUAAAUGUGUUGCAUCAUUGUGAAAGCAGAAGAGUGACUUUAAAAAACCCCAGAAACUUAUAACUGAUAGAAGUUGAUAUUACAAAUUGGGGUGUGCGCUUUAAACUGUAGUGGAAAGACCAGGUCUUCUCGAAAGGCUCAAGGCCCCAGCGUGGAAAUUUUUGCCUUUUAAAUAUUAACUUUUGCCUAUCAGGGGCUACAGUUCUCAAAGUUCUUCUCCCUCCCUCCCUCCUUCCCCGUGGGAUACAGUUCAGCUGCAUCAAAAACUUUGGUCCAUGUGUGGAUGUUGGAAUCACAAGGGAGCCAUUUUAAAGCCGGAUUGCUGGUCCUUGCGAAUAUUGCGGUCCUUGCGAAUAUUGCUUUAACAGCAUGCGUAGGGAACCGGUUUCAGUGUAAAAAAACAAAACCUGACCGAAACCUCAUCUGCAGUAGACUUGUGGAAGAUGAAGGUUUUAGGAAAGAGGGGCAUUUAAGCAUCACUUCUGACAGGGCCUUUUAAUGAAAGCCUGAAUUCCUGGGUUCCGUAUUUUAGCCGAGCCAGAAAAGAAGGCUUGUUUAUUUUGAAUUCAUCUAGAUUUAUUUCUCACUGUACCAUAUUAGAGGGACUCCGUGAGUUACAAUAUAUAUAUAAUCCUAUGCGUCUGAUAAAACUGUGUGAGGUAUGCAAGGUUGAGUAACUGAAGGCCACCCAGUGAGCUGUGUGAACAGAGUACAUAUUUGAAACAAACUCUUCCUUUGACCUCUGUGACUUACUUCUGAGUAGACCUGCAUAGGGAGGUCAGAAUGCAAUUCUCCCACAGCAGAAAGAGGCACCCCUUAUUCCCAUCUCCCUUAAGGCAAGAGGGUGUUGUUAGGAACAAACAGGCAUGCAUUCAUCAUCCCCGUUCACUGUGUCUGCCUCAGUUUCCCCACCCGUGCUGGCUUGGACACCCCCGAUUUGCUAAGACUCUGGAUGUCGUCAAAAUUUGUUAGCGUUUGUACUGCUUAUAUUUCUGAGAUGCCUGAAGGUGUUUUCAUGUGUAGAGGAAAGCAGAUUUGACAGUUUGCCUCUAAAUAAGGGAGCUAAACAAUUGGGCUGGAUAUUAAUUACUACUGCAUUAUCAGUGAUUUGUUAAUUGCCUUCCAAACAACUGCCUCAGGGUGAUUUAACACACAAGAUUAAAAACAGCAAAUACAGUUAAAACAGGACUAAAACCCUAACAAAGUAGAUCUAUUUUAAAUGAUAUACCUAGGGAACUCUAGUAUCACGAGGUUGAUUGUAAGCUCUUCGGGACAGAGACCUGUCCUAUUGCAUGCUAUAAACUGCCAUGCACUGAUGGUGCUAUACAGUGAUGAUGAUGAUGAUGUCACAGUGAAGUGGGUCUUAAUUUAUGCCGGGACUGAGCCCCAGAGCAUGCUAAAUAUCCAGAAUCUACCCUGUAACAUGACAAGUGUGUUUCUGAGCAUAUCCCACCUGCCUUCCCCUCACUACCGAGUAACCCCGGGCAACCCACACACAUGUCGGAUUAGGGAACAGGCUCUGUGGGUCAGUGGGGCACGUCUUCUGGACAGGCUUAAAGCCGAGCGGGUCAAAAUUUCUGCCUUCGAAAUUAACCUCAGCCUAGCAGGGGCUACAGUUGCAAAAGCUUUUGGGUGGGGUGGGGUGAAGUGGGGAGGCUGGCUCCCUUUCCCCUCCCAACAGUGGGGCGAGGGUCCCACUCCGUUAUUUAAAUGAAAAGGAUGCGGUCUGCGCCGUGGAGCCUUUUGCUCCAGAGUAAUGGAGGGAUCCGGUUGCUCGAUUUGUCCGUCUGGCAGGAGGGACGGGCCCCGCGAGGAAGGAGUGUAAAUUAGGAAGACUGGCGUAAGGGAGGCAGGAGGGUGCCGGCCUGCACAGCCGUGUAAUACGCCAGCCCGGCCACAAACUUCCCACCCGAUAAUUAUAGAGGGAAUAAUGCUGCAUUAUUUAUAACGCCGGCUAUUUAUAGCCGGGCCCCAGAAAAUGUGGCACCAGACCUCUCGGCUGCUGCCUGCUCCCUGGGCUUGUGACCCUCCCCACCCUCCUUGCCUCGCGCCCUCCCUUCACCCAGAGGGAGUCCCAAGGACAGCGCAGGGCAAAGGGUGGCGGGGGGGGGUUAGAAAUUGCAUCUGCAAAGGGCUCUUUUCUGGGAGGUGAAAUGGAAGACUGAAAAAGAAAGUAAAAAAAAAGAGGAAUUGGGAGGUUUGGAUUUGUGCGGUGGGGAGCAGGGAGCAGGUGGAUGCAAGGGCUAUUCAGCCAGCCCCCCUCGCCCCAUCUCCAGCCCCCCCCCUGCCUUGGGUCCUUGUAUAGCCUCUCCCCACCCCCACCCCCUGUCAUUCCAUUCCCCCAAGCUGUCAGUUUUCAUGCCUGGGGAGAUUGUUCCCAUAUUUUGGCCUGGUUCCCCAGUAGCCUGGUCGCCAGGGGUCAGCGGCAGGGGUCAAGACCGGAAAAUUCCCACAUGUCUCUUUAAACAGGUGUCAGGCCUCAAGCUCCUCGGGUUAACCCCUUGUAUUCCGGGCCCUAGUGGGAACUGUUCUUCUACUGGUUUUUGCAUUUGUGUUCCACACCCGCUGGAAAGUACUGGUAGCCAGCACGUCUUUUCCUUCGUGGUCUUCAUUAUUUGGUUCUGUUUGUUAACUGCCCUUCACCCUAAAUGCCAGUUACGUCCAGGAAAGAUAAUGCAAUAGAUUGGAUCGAAAAUGACCCCACCCCAAAAUGACAUGCAGUGCAUAUCGGCUGAACAAUAGGCCAAUAACAUUCAGUAAUAAGAGGCUAGCCCUCAUUGACCACUUAAAGCUUGGCAAGGAUGGUGCCCAACACACCUCUAUAGGGAGGGCGUCACACACUGUUGGGGAGCCAACACUGAGAAGGUCUGAUUUAAAACUGCAAGGCCACUUUACUCUUGGACCCUGAAUUAAGGGACGCGGGUGGCGCUGUGGGUUAAACCACAGAGCCUAGGACUUGCCGAUCAGAAGGUCGGUGGUUCGGAUCCCCGCGACAGGGUGAGCUCCCGUUGCUCGGUCCCUGCUCCUGCCAACCUAGCAGUUCGAAAGCAUGUCAAAGUGCAAGUAGAUAAAUAGGUACCGCUCCGGCAGGAAGGUAAACGGCGUUUCCGUGCGCUGCUCUGGUUUGCCAGAAGCGGCUUAAUCAUGCUGGCCACAUGACCCGGAAGCUGUACGCCGGCUCCCUUGGCCAAUAACGCGAGGUGAGCGCCGCAACCCCGGAGUCAGCCGUGACUGGACUAGUCAGGGGUCCCUUUACCUUUUAAGAGCACGUAGGAAUAAAAAGCAACUUGCCCUCCAAAGAGCUCAACACCACCACCCAAGCCAUGUGGUUUAGUGGUUAGUGUUGGACUAGGACCUGGGAGACCAGAGUUCGAAUCCUGGGUGAAGCUCGCUGAGCAACCUUGAGCCAAUCACAGUUUCUCGGCCUAACCUACUUCACAGGGUUGUUGUAAAAAGAGAACCACGUGACCCACCUGAGCUCCUUGGAGGAAAGGCGGGAUAAAAAUGUGAUAAGUAAAUAAAUCUGCGUGACUUGCAGAGUACGUCUCCUUCUGAAGCCAGGAAAUCUUUGCCUGUGUCAUGGUUUGGGGAACCUGUGGCCCUCCCAUCAUCCCUAACCAUUGGCAAUGCUGGCCGCAGCUGGCGGAAGUCCAGAAACAUCUGGAGGCUCCCCACUCACCCCUGUCCUUUCCAGAUAUGGGGCAGGAUUACCUGACUGGUGACUCAUCCAGAAACACAACAGACACCCUUCUCUCUUAAUGGGUUACUUUGGGCUCCCCAAAACUUUUCAUUAUUAAGUUCAUCCCACCCACUGUGGACGCAUUAGUGUGGCAAUGUUUGCUCUGUAUGCACCUACUUGGAAGUUUAUUUUCUAACAAAGGAGGGGGACUUGCGGAGUUUUACUGGAAGAAGCGCCUCUGAGCAAUAUCGUGCCAUACGCAGGCUGUCUUCUCCGAUGCUUCCGACAUAGAUCGAGACAGCUUCCUUUCUGCUGGUAAUAUCCCUCAGCUGCUUUACAUUUCAUUCCUGUUUAAGAAUUAUGCAUUCCUACACAGAGCCUUUCAAAGUGCUGUGAAUGCACAGGCUCAGCAAUCAUUACAACAGCCUUGUAAUGUAGGCUAUGGCUACCCCUCUGUAAACCAUUAUUGUCCGUAUAAUAAUAUGGGUGGGAGGCGGGGAAUAUGCAUAAGACCACCUACUGAGUUUCUGGUAGACAUGAAAUUUUAACUUGGAACUUCUGGGCUCACACAUUAAACCCUCAUCAAGUGUUUAGAAGUGGCACCGGGCUGCAAACUCGCACAACCUUUUGGGACCCCAAAACUCCACCUUCUGAGUCCUCUCUUUCCCCUGUACCGAUGUGACAUUCUGGUGUUUUCUGUUGUGGUUAAUGCAGGAAAAGUUAACAUUAAUUUGAUGUUACUGUAGGCGAGGGCUGGGUUCAAAUCCCCACUCUCCAAUGAAGCUCGCUGGGCGACCUUGGGCCCAUUGCAAUCUCCCAACCUAAUCAACCUCGCAGGGUUGUUGUCAGGAUAAAACGGGGAGUGUGCGGACCCAGGUACACUACUCUGAGCUCCCAGGAGGAAGGGCAGAUCUCAUAAUAAAAUAAAAACAAAAACCUGUUGCCCUGCAAAUUUUCAAACUACAACUAACAUCAGCUUCCGCCUGCAUUGCCCAGGGGAUUUUGGGAGCUGUAACAUAGCAGCAACUACCAAGGCUGUUAAAGGCUACUAGCUGCAAUCACUGAUCCUGAUGUAGAUACUUCUUCCUUCCUUGUUCCUGAGGUUGAUCUUUACUCACCCCUUCUUCCCUGGCAGGGGUGAGCAAACGCCGUUUUGUGGUUCCCCUCAGGUGCCCAGAUGUCUUGGGCUGGCCGUGGUAUAAGCCAUAUAUUCAAAGCAACCCCAGCCCAAAGAAUCCUGGGAACUGUAGUUUGAUAAAUGUGCUGAGAAUGGUAGGUAUGUUGGGAGUAAACUACAGUUUCCAGGAUGGUCCGUAAUGUGCUUUAAAUGCAUGGCAUGUACACAGCCAGUCUUUGGUCCGUUCAUUUUCGUUUGGGCUUGGAGCAGUGAGGUGUCCUCGACAUCUUUAAGCCAGAUUCUUUUGGCAGAGAUUCUACCCCCACACCAAAACACACACACACACACACUUUUUGUGCUGGUAUCCUAACCCUCUGCUCUGUUUGCACAGCCAUCCUCUUGCCAAAGUCGAAUGUAUUGCAGAUGUCGAUCUCCAGCGAGCAAACAAGAUGGCGCUGCGGACUGGAGGCAAGGUACGGUAAGCUCCACAACCCUUCUUUCUCCCUCUCAUUCUCAUGCCCGCCUACUAGGCGCCACUUCCUCUCACCCCCAUAGAAUCAUGGGAACUGUAGUUUUCCCCUCACACAGUAACAUUUCCAAGCUGUCUCAGAAACUACAGUUCCCAGGAUUCUUUUCUCUUUUCUUCAAAUGUAUGAGAUAUACACUGAGUGUGUGUGUGUCUGUGUGUUCCAGGCCACCUCAGGUGUUUCUAACACCAUAAUUAAUAAAGUUAGGGAUAAUUUGGGCCUGUUCCCCUGGCCACAAAGUCCUCCCUCGCUUCCACCCAUAGUUACGGCACUUCUAAUUUUAGUCGUGGCUGUCUCAGAAGAGUCCAUUUCUAGGGAUUUUCCAGGCCUCACUUUCUCAUAGCCCUAAGAUGUAGGGGUUGCGGGGGGGAUACAGAUGGAAGGCACCCCCUUUGGAAAAUUCACAUGGGUCAAAAGCGUGUGUUCCCCCAGCCAAUUUUGGAGUCUUCCCCCUUAGCGACGAAUGACAGAGGCGCAUCUCCCCCUAGAUAAGAGGGGAGUGGGCCCCAUCUUUCCCUCUCUGAGUGUUCAGCUGUUGCAUCAGACAGGCAGAUAUAGAUAUAUAGACACACACACAUGCACACGCAAGGCGGGUUCUGCGCUGAGCAAAAGCCACUUGUGUCUAAAUGAGGCAAUCAAAAACAAACACCUUUAUAAUUACCCCCUUGGGCAACGGCAGGCAGCCCAGAGACCUGGAGAAGAGAGGGGCGUCCCCACGGGAGAUUUCAGUUGUGUGAGGCAUUGGUGUCUGCGCACACGCAACAUAUACACAAGCUUAGUGCACCAAGGAGAGGAUUAUAUUUUGAUCUGGGAGAGCAGAGUUCUAAUCCCACUUUUGCUACGGCAGUUCACGGGGCAGCCUUGGAGCCGGUCGUAAUCUCGCAGCGGCACCUCCCCGGCAGAUUAAUAGCUCAAGGCUCCGGAGAGCCGAAAGAGAGAAGUAUUUCAUAUACAACGUGCAAUUAACUUGCGGAAUUCACCGCCACUGGAUAUAUUUAUGGCCGCUAGCUAAGAGGGCUUAAAAGAAGAAGCAAGCAGGCAUAUUUGCGGAGGAUAACCAGUCUUCCAGCACCUAUUAGCCAGGAGAGCUAGAUGAAAACUCCUACAUUGCAGGGGGUUGGACUAGAUGACCUUUGGAGGUCCCUUGCAACUCUAUGAUUCUGUGAACCAGUGGGCAAUAUGCCUGUGUGAAUACAAGACGCUGAGGGCAAUCAGCUUGGAAGGGAUGUUGCCUUUGCACUCCUCUUGGAAGCUUCCAGCUAGUUCCUGUUAGAAACAAGACACUGGUUUUAAUGUUGAGAUCCUUUAAUUUGAGCAUGGGGAACCUAUGGCCCUCCAGAUGUUGUUGGAAUUAUGGGAGUUGGAGUCCAGCAGCCAGGAAUUAUGGGAGGUGGAGUCCAGCAGCACCUGGUGGCCACAGGUUCUCCACCUCUACUUUAACUAGUGAUGCCUAGAGUUGAACAUUGCCUGUAAGAACAAGUCUAACUGUAAACUAUUAUCUUGAUAGCCCUUAGAGGACAUAACUAUCUUAGGUUCGUUGAUUUCAGUUGUUCUACUCUAAGUAGAACUUAAUUGGCUAAGACCCUUAUUGUUACAUGUGAACCAUGCCCAGCAACUUAACUAUGGUUUGUUUACCAUUAACAAAGAAUGAUCUGAAUUUAUGGCUUGUAUUCGGCUUAUGAAACUUGGUUUCCUGGUGUCAUGUGUGAACUCGGCACCCUUUCUUGAUUUUUGAUUUUUUUUUAUUGACCCCAUCCUGGAUGGUCACCAAACUGCAAAGUCUUCAGGCGAGUGCAGCUGGAAAACAAACCGAGCUUUGGGGAAAGAAACCAUAGCUUGUUUGAUUGUCUGAGGGUGGGAAUCUGCCAGAAGAUAACUUCAAAGGCUCCUUGCAGCAUAAAAUGUAGUCGGAUGACAUACACUGGGAUAAAACAAAUUUGCUCUAGGAUAAAUGUAGCAGCAGCAAUUCUAUCCCGUAGGCUAGCAAGAAGGCCAGCUUUUCUUUGCUUUCUCCACAAACAUCCUAAUGCUGUUUUGGGUUAUCCACUCUCAAACUAUUGACCAUGUGCACCCAUAAAUGCAUUUAGAUGUAUUCAGAUUUUUUAAUUUUUUUAAACAGUUGUCAUGGCUUAAAAUGGCCGCUAAAGCAAACACUGGAGGCUACAACCUGAAACAGUCAGGCAGGUUAGGAACCUGUUAGAUUGCAAUCUUAAACCCAUCAUCCAAACCCCUUGUUUAAACAGAAGCAGGCACGCAUGCUCAGAGACCUGGGGAGACAGGGCAUGCAAUUCAGCAUCAUUCCCUGUGAAUUGUGCCCUCGGAGGUAGGAUCCUGACAGAAUUAGAGCCCAAAAGGGGCUGCUGGAAAUCGAGAGGGCGUGCUUAGGUAAAUCCCAAUUUAUGUAGAAGCAAGGGAAUCACAAAAUGUUGAGUGUCAGUCGGAAAGGGAAAACAAAAAAUCGGGCAGGGGGAGUGAACUGCUUGAGCCCUUGACAGCUUCUUGACAUAGGACAUGGUUGACUGGAACCCUGAACAGGAGCAAUAUUAGGUGUUAGGGUAUAAUGGAGGAGUAGGGGAACCUUUGCUGCCCCCUCUCCUGAUGUUGCUAAACUCCCAUCAUCCUUGGUCAUUGGCUAUGCUUGCUGAGGCAGAUGGGAGUUGUGGUUCAGCUGCAUCUUGAGGGCCAGAAGUGCCCCACACUUGGGCUGCUGCAACAUUUUAUUGCAGAUAUCACUUGUUAUAUAUUCCACUUUAUCGUGCAUAGAUGAUACAGGUCUCUCCCGUGCAUGCUUUGGGCACAAAUGGACGCAAGAACCGACUUGCUGAAUCUGAGGAAGCCCCAUCUAGCCCCUCCUCUUUCCAGUAACGAUCAGGUAUUGAUGCCUUUGGAAGCUCACCAGUAGAUCACAAAAGCAAUGGCUUGUCAAUUCUCCUUGGGGUGUGUUGCAACAACAGCAAUAUAAUGUUACCCGACGACAAAUAAUAAAGACUUGACAGAAAGAUGCUGAAACCGUUAGCUAGAUCAGCAGCAGAGCUGGAAAAAAGUUGCUCCCCAGUUUUUUUGGAGCCGAUUCUCAAUUUUUAGGAAGGAGCACGAACCUGGGGGGAAAAACCCUCCCCUCUUGGGGCACCUGCGUGAGCAGACAGAGCAUUCACCCAAGCCCUGCUUUUCUGUUGAGACAAUGCUGAGGUUUAAAAGAUGGCUUUGAAACAGAUUAUCCAAGUAGUGGAUAACAGCUUUCAGAGAAUGAGAGAGGGCUGUUGUCAAAUAAGAUUGCCCUGAAUUUUUGGAUUAAACUCUAUGUGUUAAACCGGCGGCUUUUAAAACUUUCCGCUCUUGAGGAACCCUUUCCGAGUUCACAUUCUGCCCUGUGCCCUGUGAACGCCUGCUGUAGAAGCCCUGCAUGUUGCAAAGGAUUCUGGGGGCUUUUUCUAAGGCAUCUUAUGCUAGGUAAACUCUUGAGAGCAUCCUAGACCUUUUAAUAUAGGCACAGGGUCCCCCCACAAUUGUGUAAUAUAAUAAUUUAUUAUAAUAAUAAUUUAUUAUUUCUACCCCGCCCAUCUGGCUGAGUUUCUCCAGCCCCUCUGGGCAGCUCCCAAUCGAGUGUUGGAAACAAUACAGCAUUAAAUAUUAAAAACUUCCCUAAACAGGGCUGCCUUCAGAUGGCUUUAAAAAAUAAGCUAGCUGCUUAUUUCCUUCACAUCUGAAGGGAGGGCGUUCCACAGAGCGGGCACCACUACUGAGAAGGCCCUGUCUGGUUCCCUGUAACCUCACUUCUUGCAAUGAGGGAACCGCCAGAAGGCCCUCGGCGCUGGACUUCAGUGUCCGAGCUGAAUGAUGGGGGUGGAGACGCUCCUUCAGGUAUACUGGGCAGAGGCUGUUUAGGGCUUUGAAGGUCAGCACCAACACUUUGAAUUGUGCUUGGAAACAUACUGGGAGCCAAUGCAGAUCUCUCAGGACCGGUGUUAUGUGGCUGCUCCUAGUCACCAGUCUAGCUGCCGCUUUUUGGAUUACAGUGGUACCUUGGGUUAAGUACUUAAUUUGUUCCGGAGGUCCGUUCUUAACCUGAAGCACCACUUUAGCUAAUGGGGCCUCCCGCUGCCGCUGCGCCGCCGGAGCACGAUUUCUGUUCUCAUCCUGAAGCAAAGUUCUUAACCUGAAGCACUAUUUCUGGGUUAGCGGAGUCUGUAACCUGAGGCGUAUGUAACCUGAGGUACCACUGUAAUUGCAGUUUCCGGGUCACCUUCAAAGGUAGCCCCAUGUAGAGCACAUUGCAGUGGUCCAAGCGGAAGAUAACUAGAGCUUGCACCACUCUGGCGAGACAGUCCGUGGGCAGGUAGGGUCUCAGCCUGCGUACCAGGUGUAUGCUGAAGGACCGGUGGGCAAGCAAUCUUUCUCUGAAAUCUGCCCUCUUUUAUUCAUCUUCUUGCUGGAGAAAAUCACCUUCCACAGGCUACCCAGGGUCCCCAGAUCUAGCUGGCAUGGCAAAUCUAAACCUCGUGUGGUAUUGGAAUUCACUGCCCCAAGACGUGGUGGUGAUGAUAGCCACACAUUUGGACGGUUUUAAAAGUGCAUCAGGGGGAACUCACAGCAGAGAGCGCUUUGUAACUGGCCACCACCCAUCACGAUGGCAGCAUGGAACCUCCGGGGCAGAAUCCGUAUGCCUCGGAAUUCAAUUUGCAGGGAGGCAACAGCAGAGGGGCCUGCGGCGUUCAUUACUUGCUUGUAAAGCUUCCCAGAGGCAGGGGGCUGGCUGCUGAGGGGAGAUGAACUUUGGCUCAGAUCUGGCAGGGCUCUCCUGGUGUUCCAACAUUUUAGAAUCAUAGAAUUGUAGAGUUGAAAGGGACCACCAGGGUCCCGUAGUCCAGCCCCCUGCAAUUCAAGAAUCUCUUGCCCAACGUAGGGCUUGAACCCACAACCCUGAGAUUAAGAGUCUCAUGCUCUACCACAGGGGUCGGCAAGGUUUAUCUUGCCUGGGCUGGAUCAGUGCCGCGGAGAUCCCUCUGUGGGCUGGAUCGUGCCCGCCCGUGAUUUUUGGCAUCUGCUUCUGCGCAGACGUGAUUUCUCGCGCUGCAGAAGCGAGGCGCCGCGCUGCACCAGUUUAGCGCAGCGCACGAGCAGGCGGCGUGGUUCGGGGGCCGUCAGACGACCUCCACGGGCCGCUUCCGGCCCAUGGGUUUUAGGUUGGUGACCCCUGCUCUACCGACUGAGCUAUCCGGCAGCAUCCAAUCCUUUAGCCAGUGUGGUGUAGUGGUUAAGAGCGGUAGACUUGUAAUCUGGGGAACUGGGUUCGUGUCUCCACUCCUCCACAUGCAGCUGCUGGGUGACCUUGGGCCAGUCACACUUCUCUGAAGUCUCUCAGCCUCACUCACCUCACAGAGUGUUUGUUGUGGGGGAGGAAGGGAAAGGAGAAUGUUAGCCGCUUUGAGACUCCUUUGGGUAGUGAUAAAGCGGGAUAUCAAAUCCCAACUCUUCUUCUUCUUCUUCUUCUUUAGCAACUGCGACUUUAGCAAUUCUGGGUUUCCCACUUCAGCACCAGUAUUUAUUUAUUUACUUGUGUGUGUUGCACCCUGCUCUUCAACCAAAAAAAGGGGGGGGGGGCUUCCCAGAGUGUCUUGAAACCAUCAGUCCCUGAAACCAGGCUUACAAAAGACAUGACACAAAAGGAAAAGCUUUUGGGAGGGAGGAGGGAAAAAAGCAAACCCAGGCUCUAGUUCUUAGUUGUAAGGUGUUAUUUCUUCUGGCAGGGAAAGAAGAAGCAAGCUCCCUGCAUUGCUCCUUUUCUGGUCAACAGAUGGGGCCAAGCUAGUCUCUUCCUUGCCAUGAUAUUUUUCCCAGCAAGCAGGGGGAGCAGCCAAUAGAUUGCAAUGAAAUCCCACCCCUUUCUAGUUUGGUGGGCAGGAUCCAAGUUUCAAUACAUUGUCUGGCAACAUGCAGUGUCUGACUGAAAAGAGGUCGACACUGUGUUGCUAUCAGAUGUUCAUCUACCGUAUUUUUCGCUCUAUAAGACGCACCAGACCACAAGACGCACCUAGUUUUUGGAGGAGGAAAACAAGAAAAAAAAUAUUCUGAAUCUCAGAAGCCAGAACAACAAGAGGGAUCGCUGCACAGUGAAAGCAGCAAUCCUUCUUGCUGUUCUAGCUUCUGGGAUAGCUGUGCAGCCUGCAUUCACUCCAUAAGACGCACACACAUUUCCCCUUACUUUUUAGGAGGGAAAAAGUGAGUCUUAUAGAACAAAAAAUACAGUAUUUGUUGAAUUUGUGCCCAGCUCUUGCUCCUGCAGCGGGGUGUAUUGUCAUUCUACAACAGACAUGCCGGGUGUGUCCUGUACUCAGUAUUGGCUCCAGGAUUUUGGAAGAAGCAGGACAUGCAGCCUGGUAAUUAUUUGUGUGCUGGCUGCACCCUUGGUCAGUCUUGAGGACCCAGCAAAUGCAAAUGGACCCCAGUCUCUCUUCCUGGUUCUUCUUCCUAAGAUACCUUGCUCAAAAACUUUCUUUUCCUGUCCCUUCACACACACACACCAUCACCUUUGCAACAUCUGUCUUCCCAGGCAGGCCCAAGGAUUCUUCUAGGAUGGCCCAUUAGGUCAUCUUAAUAGAUUUGCUCUUCCUUAGGCCAGCCAGGCUGUUUUGCAUAAGCCAGUCCAGGGAUUCCCUUUCUGGCACAGUCCUGCAGCUUGUAUUUUCAUCCAUAUCCCAGCUAAUCAAAAUACUGCUUUGGCCACCUCAUGAGAAGAGACGACUCCCUGGAAAAGACCUUGAUGCUGGGAACGAUGGAGGGCACAAGGAGAAGGGGACGACAGAGGACGAGAUGGUUGGACUGUGUUCUCGAAGCUACCAGCAUGAGUCUGACCAAACUGCGGGAGGCAGUGGAAGGCAGGAGGGCCUGGCGUGCUCUGGUCCAUGGGGUCACAAAGAGUCAGACAUGACUAAACGACUAAACAACAACUACCAUUUAUUAAUUUCUAGGGAUUUUUGGGGGGGGAGGGAAUCCCCUCAAAUCUAUAACAAUAUGGUUCCAAAAAGUGCUUUCCUAUCCAGACAGCUUACAGGGCCAGGGACUCACCUGUCUGCUAAUGGAUGGAUCUGUCCUGUUCCCAAACAACAUGCACUGGAAAACAGUUCCUUACGACCAAUCCUGUAGCACAGCCUCAUUUACGUCUUGUUUUGCAGAUGACUUUUUCAAACCGCAUCCUGAUAUUUAUAUAAAAAAGCAAGCCCUUAGAAGUCCAUGGCCUGCCCAUCAACACAGCGAGAUCUUGAGAAAGUUCGUACAGUGGUACCUCGGGUUCCAGACGCUUCAGGUUACAGACUCCGCAAACCCAGAAAUAGUACCUCGGGUUAAGAACUUUGCUUCAGGAUGAGAACAGAAAUUGCGCAGUGGUGGCGCGGUGGCAGCAGGAGGCCCCAUUAGCUAAAGUGGUGCUUCAGGUUAAGAACAGUUUCAGGUUAAAAAUGGACCUCAUGGUAUAUGGUGUAAGGAGGUCUGUGUUCUCGACCAUUUGCUCCUAAUUUAUAGCCUUAAUAACAGCACAAUCCUGCAUGUGUUUACUUAGGAACAAGCCCCACUGUGCCCAAUGGGGUUUGCUUCCUGGGCUGCUUAGGACUGCAGCCUGAAACUUUCAAAGACUUCUGCUGCCUUGCCUUCCUACUCUCAGGGAUAGAAGAAGACCUCAAUAUAUUCCUUGCUGAUAUUCCUAUCAUCUAGCUUUUCAGAGCUUUUUUGCAUAACCUUUCUCUCUGUCCAGUGCGCCUUCCUCCCCACCCCUCUGCAAGCCAACACCCUGUGGGGCCCUCUGAGACUUCGCUGCUUGCGAGGGAAAACCCUCCUCUUUACAAUAUUGCAUGCCAUUACUAUUUACUCUUGGGAGGGUGGGGCUGCGGCGGGCGGGGGGGGGGGACCCUUAAGUUAAGAUGCCAUUAAAUUAAAGACCCUUUGGCGAUGAGCUUUCAAGAAGCCUUCAGAGGUUUUUCCAGGUGUUGCACGCAACAGGAUUAAAAUAAAUAAAUAUUGAAAUUUUAACUCUUGACACCUUGAAGGCCCAAGAGCUUGCUCUUCUCUCUCUUUCCCCACCCCUCUCUCUGUUUUCUUUCUUUCUUUUUUAAGUGGAACCUGAGAACCUCAGAAUGCUGAAUUCUGCAGCCUUUGUACUGAAUCAAUGCAACCUUGCUAAACAUCUCUUUGGGACUUACCAUUCCCCUGCCUCCUUAGAGCUGGAAGCAGGGGCAUAACACAUUCCCUGGCCUGUAUCCUCUCUCGCUUGGGCCUGCACAUCUUCCCAUAGUACUCCUCCCCAGUGUGAAUGCCCCUUUUACCACAUACCGUAUUUUUCGCUCUAUAAGACGCACUUUUCCCCUCCUAAAAAGUAAGGGGAAAUGUGUGUGCGUCUUAUGGAGCGAAUGCAGGCUGCGCAGCUAUCCCUGAAGCCAGGAGAGCUUCAGGGAUAGCUGCGCAGCGCCCCUUCAGCAAAGCGGCAGGAGAAACGGAGCCCCUUCCAUUUCUUCUCCCGCUUUGCUGAAGGGGCACUGCGCAGAGAGGGAGAGAAUAUUUUUUUUCUUGUUCUCCUCCUCUAAAACUAGGUGCGUCUUAUGGUCGAGUGCUUCUUAUAGAGCGAUAAAUACGGUAUAUAGCUCAGGUUUGUGGGCUUCCCUUCUCCUCCUUGUCCUUGGGCCACGCUUUCUCAGCGGCAUCAGGCAGCAGCAUACCAGAUAGACUAGAUGGGCACUUCGUCAGGAACACGGGAAACCGCCUUGUACACUGGAUCAGGCCAGUGGUCCACCUUCCUCAGCCUUGCUUACACUGACAAGCAGCAACUCUGUCCAGGAUUUGGGAUAAGAUUCUCUCCCAGCCCAAACUGGAUAUACUGCGGAUUGAAACUGGGACCUCUGCCCCUGAGCUACAUUCUCCUCCCCCAAAAGCAAGGCUGACCCAGCAAGACUUUUCUUAUGCACUCAUAUUUUUGUAUGCUCUGCAGUCCUCGUGCCCCUAGAUUACAUGGAGCAAAAACGGCAUUGCACAUCCUGUUUUAAACACAGAGCUUUAAUAUCCACGUUGGGGAAACUUGUGUUUUCUGUAGUGCUUGGUCCCCCCCCUCCCCCCAUUUUUGUUAUUUUCAAACUGUGUAUCCCACCUUACUUGAGAAACCGGGGUUUAUUUGCAGACCAUUUGAAGGCGGGCGACAACAGUUGUUCAAAAUAUUUGCGAUACUUGGCUGUCACUCAGUGACAGGCCACAUGCGUUGCAUGCAGAAGGUUCCAGGUUCAAUCCUGGCCAUCUCAAGGCUGAGAGAGACCCACCUUAAACCCAGAGAGCCUCUGCCAAUCAGUGUAGUCCAUACUGAACUAGAUGGACCGGUGCUGUGGCUCGGUAUGUUCCUAUCUUCCUAGGAAUGCUGCCGUAAGUGUCUUCUUAACCAAGGGCAUAUAGGUUAAGAAGGUCCGCACCAAACAUUUAAAGGACAUGGCUUCCCCCCGGAGAAUGAUGGGAACUGUAGUUUGUUAAUAUAAUGCAGGGGGCCAGCAAACUUUUUCAGCAGGGGGCCGGUUCACUGUCCCUCAGACUUUGUGGGGGAGUGGACUAUAGUGGGGGGGGGAAUGAAUGAAUUUCUAUGCCCCACAAAUAACCCAGAGAUGCAUUUAAGACUGGAAAAAUGGGAAACGGAGAAAAUCAAAAUUGACCCCUACAUGGAAAUAGGUUCCAUUAAACCAUGGGUAAGCAAACAAAGGCCCAGGGCCCAGAUCCAUCCCAAUCGCUUUCUAAAUCCGGCCCGUGGACGGUCCAGGAAUCAGCGUGUUUUUACAUGAGUACAAUGUAAUGGGAAUCACAGCUUCGUAUAAAUCCCCAGGAUUCCAACCCUCCAACAUUUCUCCGAUGAAAACAGGGCUGUCCUAUUCUGUAACAAUAUUGCCUGUCUGACUGGGUUGCCCAUCCACUCUGGGCAGCUUCCAACAUAUAUAGAAACAUAAUAAAAUGUUAAACGUUUAAAAAAAUAAUUUCUCUAUACAGGGCUGCCUUCAGAUGUCUUCUAAAGGCUGUGGAGUUACUUAUGUCCUUGGCUCAGGUUUCACAUAACUCCAUACCUUCCAACAUUUCUCCAGUGAAAAUGGGGACGUCCUAAGGAAAAGCAGGACAUUCCGGGAUCAAAUCAGAAAUCGGGACAGCUUCUGUAAAUCCGGGACUGUCUCUGGAAAAUAGGGACACUUGGAGGGUUGGGAUUCUUUGGGAGAAGCUGCGUACUUUAAAUAUCCGUUGAAUGUGCUUUACACAUGGGUUGUGUACAAUGUAAAUAUCAGCGUCCUAAUGCAGCUUGGCGCUGUGUCCUAGUGGCCUCCUUGAUACCGUUGCUUCUUUGCGCCAUGCAAGGAAGUUGGGAGCUAGCAAGCCUAUUCCCCCACCGCCCAGAUCCCCAGAUCUGCACUGUGCAAGUCCUGCAAAAUUGGCUUUUGCAGAGAGGCGGAGUCUUCAUGGCACUCUCCAUGGACAUGAACGGAAAGUGGUCUGUGCCUGUUGUCCUCAGGGGGGCUUCCUGAUCAGCUCUUCCCUCCCUGCAGCCAGGCCCCGGUCUCUGCCUCUCCCCACCCUUGCCUGUCUGCUUGGAGGAUGGAAUCUUCUGAGCUCCCCAACAUGCCCGGACAGGGAUCCCUCCCCGCUCACAUUCCUUCAGAUCUGCUGCUGCCUGUUCCCUCUGUGCCCCGUGGCCCAGGAACGAGUGAGUUGCCGUUCCCACCCCUGAUCCUUCACUUUUGUGCUAGCACCUUCUCAGCUGCACUCCUUCCCCCUGGAGUGUCUGCUGAUGCUCCCUGUGCUUUGCGGCAAUCACCUCGCCCAACCUCACAGUAGCACCGAGCAGCCAGAUCAUUAAUAUUCCUGCUUUACAGAUGGGGAGAUGAGACGGUGACAGACUGUUUGUGAGCCCAGGAAUACCCCUGGCUAGGCACGAAUCUGGACAAGGAGCUUCACGUCUCACGAGGCCAGGCUCCAACCUGUUUACACAAAGGCCUUGCUUCUGUUUCAAACUUCUGUUGGCCCCAAACUUUCCUUCGUCAGCAGCGUAGCAAACCCCCUGGGCUCCUGAGGCACAGCUUUUUUUAGGAGACACCCCCCCCAAAGUUGUUUCUCAACUUUUUUAGAAAAGUUGAGAAAACGCACUGUAAAUUGUAGGUGCCGUUUUCUUUCUCGAUUAACCUUUCCUGUCUAAGCGUAUGCAUCAAAAGUGCUUUGCAAGGACCUCUUGGUUUGCUUCCUUUCCAAUUUUUUUUGCACACAGAAACCUGUAGAGCAGUGGUUUUCACUCAGCCUUUGGGAGUCCAUGGCUCCCUUGACCAACCACAUUCUUUCUGCAGCUCCCCUGUGGGAGACACUUACAUGACACAUACGACUUGGGGUCACGACCUUCCUUUGCGCGGGGCUCCAGCCUGGCACAGGAACGUAAGGAGAGAACUGCAGGAUCAGGCCAGUGACCUAUCUAAUCCACCAUCCUGUUCUCACAGUGGCCAACCAGUUGCCUAUGAGAAGCCUAUGAGGACCUAAGUCAGGAGUGCCCAAACUUUUUCCAAAGAGGGCCAGAUUUGAUGAGGUGAACAUGCGUGAGGGCCGACCAAAGUUAUUGACCUUUAUUUAAGAUUGAAGUUGUUGAGCUUUUUUUUAAGGAUUGAAGUUGUUGAGCUUAGCCUAGGACUUGCCGAUCAGAAGGUUGGCGGUUCGAAUCCCCGCGAGGGGGUGAGCUCCCGUUGCUCGGUCCCUGCUCCUGCCAACCUAGCAGUUGAAAGCACGUCAAAGUGCAAGUAGGUAAAUAGGUACUGCUCUGGUGGGAAGAUAAACAGCAUUUCCGUGCACUGCUCUGGUUCGCCAGAAGCGGCUUAGUCAUGCUGGCCACGUGACCCGGAAGCUGUACGCCGGCUCCCUCGGCCAAUAAAGCGAGAUGAGCGCUGCAACCCCAGAGUCGGCCACGACUGGACCUAAUGGUCUCAGGGGUCCCUUUACCUUUACCUUAUCCCGGAAAUAAACUGCCACAGGGACUGGAUUAAACCGACCGGCAGGCCGGAUUAGGCCACUGGAACGGACUUUGGACAUGCCUGACCUAAGUGCUCCAGCCGUCUCCCCUGGCAUGCUAAGUUACAAACUGCCUUUCUGACUGAGACAGCCCUGGUUAUUCAGUCUCCCGUCUAAGCAACUGGCCAGGUUGGAGACCUCCUUAGCUUUAACAAACAUACCUUAAUAGCAUCAUGUGCCAUCAGACCAUUGUCUGGACCUUCUCCCCCACCCUCCUCCUCCUCUUAUCUGCAUUGUAUCCUUUCCCUGUUCCUCCAGGCUAUUCACAGAAUGUUUUGCAGUUCUUUCCUCUUCCCCUGAUUCACUCUUGCUCUUUGUUUUUGAUCCUGUGCAAAUUGCUGGCUGGCCUUCCCGCCCCCUUGUUUUAAAUACACCCCCAGGCUAUUUGUAACAAGUGGCAAACAUCUUCCUCCAAGGCCUUCCCUGCAUCCCUGGCUGCAAUUUGGCCUAUUCCAAAGUCUUGGAAGCAGCUGGAUUCUGUGCCCUGUUCCCAGAUUCUGUAAGGCAAAAGGUGGUGGACUUAAUUUUAUUUAUUUAUUUACUAAUUACAUUUAUCACCCACAUUCCCCCCCCCAAAGGGAGCUCAUGGUUCCCCCUCUCCCCAUUUUAUUCUCACAACAGCCCUGUGAGGUAGGUUAGGCUGAGAGAGACAAUGGCUGGUCCACGGUUGUCCCAGUUAUCCAGGUUUUGGUCCCUGGCUUCCGUAACUCUGGUUCUUGGAUGUUGAAAGGCUCUUUUAUAAAAAAACACACUCUGGAACUCAGCAUGGUUGUUCCUCAUAUUAAUAUUAAUUAAAAUGCAUCAUAAAACAAGAAAAACCAACUCCACAAAGCACAUUUAAAAGCCCUUAAAAAAAACACACCCUGUGAGGUCAUUAAAACUGGGGGAAUGGAGUAUACCUGAAGGAGCGUCUCCACCCCCAUCAUUCUGCCCGGACACUGAGGUCCAGCACCGAGGGCUUCCUGGCGGUUCCCUCAUUGCAAGAAGUGAGGUUACAGGGAACCAGACAGAGGGCCUUCUCGGUAGUGGCGCCCGCCCUGUGGAACGCCCUCCCAUCAGAUGUCAAAGAGAUAAACAACUACCUGACAUUCAGAAGACAUCUGAAGGCAGCCCUGUUCAGGGAAGUUUUUAAUGUGUGACAUUUUAGUGUAUUUUUGGUCUUUGUUGGAAGCCACCCAGAGUGGUUGGGGAAACCCAGCUAGAUGGGCGGGGUACAAAUAAAUUAUUAUUAUUAUUAUCCCUUACCAGUUUAUUAUAUAUUACAUUUGUAGCCUGUCUUUCCUCUCAAGGGAGCCCAGGGCAGCCAAGGUCUGUCUAUCUAUCUAUCUAUCUAUCUACUCACCUUCCUUCCUUCCUUCCUUCCUUCCUUCCUUCCUUCCUUUCAAAAAGUACUCUAGAGCCCCCCCAUAAAAGCCUGCACCCCCACCCCUGCAUGGAUGGGGCUCCUCAGUACUCACUGAGUACUGAGCAUAGUGUGAUUUCACCACAAAAUGUUCGACCCUUCAAAAUGUUUUAGGUUUUGUAAAAUCUCAGAAGUCGGGUGGAGCUCAGAAGCAGGACUUCCAGUUGAGUGCCUUGCACAGCUCUUUCCAGACCUUCUCUAUGACUAGGCAAAGUAGGGUAAAACCCAGUGUGCCACUCCCUAUUCCCUCCCCCCUCCAAAAAAAAACAACCCCAAAGAGCAGGGCCUUCUCAGUGGUAGUGCCAAAAUCAUGGAAUAAUUUUGACCAGGUGUAGCCUUUGUAUAGGCCUUUCAUGGUCUUGGCCUUUCCCCCUGUGGUGCUGUCGGGGUAGGACUUUGCCAAAGGACUUCACCUGGCAGAAUGAGCUGUAAAAAGCAAGCACAGCAACAGACAAUACUAUCUUUAAAACCCACAAAAGACUCUGAGGUCCAGAGCCUAAAAUUAUCUAACUGCUUCACUUCUCUCCGAAUUUCUCCACACAUAUGUCUCAAUGCAGUCCUGCCUAUGAACUUUGGUCCUCCAGCCUCAGCCACUGGACGGAUUCCUUACGUGACUUUGGAACUCCUUUUCAGAACACCUAUAUGAUACCUACUGCCGUUCUUUCCCUUCCAUACUCCCUCCUUGCAGCGCAACUUUUUCGAACCCUUGGCUAGCUCCCUAGAGUACAGUCUUAUUAUCCAUAAGAACGUAAGGAUAGCCUGCUGGAUUCGGCCAACGGCCCCUUUAGUCCAACAUCCUGUUCUCACACUAAUAAUAAUAAUAAUAAUAAUUAUAUUAUAUUAUAUUAUUUAUACCCUGCCCAUCUGGCUGGGUUUCCCCAGCCACUCUGGGCGGCUCACAACAGAAUAUUAAAAACACAAUACAGCAUUAAACAUUAAAAACUUCCCUGAACAGGGCUGCCUUCAGAUGUCUUCUAAAAGUCUUCUAAAAGUUUAUUUCAUUGACAUCUGAUGGGAGGGCGUUCCACAGGGCGGGUGCCACUGCCGAGAAGGCCCUCUGCCUGGUUCCCUGUAACCUCACUUCUCGCAGUGAGGGAACCGCCAGAAGGCCCUCGGAGCUGGACCUCAGUGUCCGGGCAGAACGAUGGGGGUGGAGACCCUCCUUCAGGCAUACAGGGCCAAGGCUGUUUAGGACUUUAAAAGUCAGCACCAGCACUUGGAAUUGUGCUCGGAAACACACUCUCCCCUCCUGCUGUUUCCAGCAACUGGUAUUCAGAAGCAUUAUCGCCCCCAACCAACCAUCACCAUCAUAGCUAGUAGCCAUUAUGGCUUUAUGCUCCAUGAAUUGGUCCAGUCCUCUUAAAAGUUACCCAAGUUGGUGGUCAUCGCUGUUUCUAGUGGGAGUGAGUUCCCUAGUUUAACGUGUCCAUGUCUACUUAAAUUCCAUUGCAUUUAGUGGGGCUUUCUCCCUGGUGAGCAGGUUUAAGAUUUCAGCCAGAGCCCUCAUGGCUUAUUAAACAUAAGUACAAUGGUACCUCGGUUUUUUAACGUCUCGGAAGUCGAAAUGCUUCGGUUUUCGGAUAUUUUGGAAGUCGAACGGUCUUCCGGAACAGAUUACUUUUGAAAACUGAGGUACCACUGUACUGAAGUUUCAUUUCUUUUAUUCCUUUACUCUCCCUUCCAUCUUCCUGUUGCCUUUCGGGACAGUGACCUGUUUCCUUGAGCACUCUAAAGUGCUCUGUACAUUGACAGUACUGUAAAAAUAAAAUCAUAGUGUGUGUUUCUAGGUUAAGACUUCUAAAAAUGUUUUAUUUAUUCAGUGUCUAAGAAUGGUUAACUCUGAUAUUAUAGUCAAAGAGAGUUUGUUUUAGUUGUGUUUACUAUUGUAUUAGUUUUUUAUAUAGGUUUUUAAUAUUUAAGGAGCUUUUAAGGAAAGGCUGUUAUGGAAUUUUAUAAAGAAGGUACCGUGUCCUAUACAGCAUCUUUUACUUUCCUUUUUUUUGGCACUUAAAAUGAUGAGCCCUGUUGUAUCAGACUACUAAAUCUACAAUCCUAUACAUACUUAGUGGGAAGUAGGGCCGGGCAAUAUAUUGAUAUAUCGUUCAAAAUUGGUUUGACAUCUAUAUUGUAAUAUUGGUUUUUAUAAUUUUUCACCUGGAAUUAGAAAAUGAAUCGUGAUGUGUGUGUGCAUGCUAUGCAAAAAUCACAAAGUGGGGAAAACCUUGAAUUCAGCCAAUGCCUCUACAUAACUCCAUCUUUAUUUCAGACAUUUUGAUAUAUCAUUAUAUCGCAAAGUUGAGCUGGGGAUAUUGAUAUAUUGUGAUGUUGCAAACCAAAUAUUGCCCAGCCCUAGGGGUGUAAGCCCUGAGAUUUAUGGAUGAAGGGCAGUGUGCAGAUUUUAUUUUUAUUAUUAUCAUUAUUAAAUGCAACAGGAUUUAAUUCUGAGUGAAUAGGAUUGGGCUGAGCAUGCUCUUUACAACACUAGCCCACAAAAAGGGCAUGGAUGCAAUCACCUUCCUCUGCAACCAGUAUUGAUAAGAUACACUUCCUUUGAAAGUGGAAGUUCAGUUUAGGUAUCAUGGCUGAUAGCUGUUGAUGGACCUCUCUUCUCUGGAUUUGCCUGACCCCCUUUCAAAGUCAUUUUAACCAGUAGCCAUCACUGCUGAGUCUUGUGACAGUAAUUCCUCAAGUUAACAAUUAGACCUACAAUAUAAAAAAGUGGGGAAAACAAAUCCAGUAGGUGCACACUGGCUAAUUUUCCGCAUGCAGUAAUUUACACAGGUUCUACCUUGUGUAAAUAAAUAUAAAUAAAUAAAAUAAAAUGAAGCCUAGCUUUCCUCAGCACAAAAUUAGGCUUGCAAUAGGUCGGGGAAAUUCCUUACAUGUCUUGGUUUUCAGGUGUGAAAAUGGCAUCGGAGAAUUUUGCAGAAUUGGCAAAAUGUCAGGGAAAACCCGGAUGUAUAGCAAUGCAAUGGGAAAAGCAGCUCAAAAAGCUUUGAAAUCACUAUUUUCGGGGUAGGUUUUCCCCAAAAGGCUCAACACUUUGGGUUUGUUCCCAAAAAAAGCUUUACAAUUUUGGUGUGUUUCUUAAAGAAAAUCUCAGCAAUUUUGGUGGUUUCCUAAAAAACAUCUCAACAAUUUUGCGGGUGUCAGGAAUUUUACUUUUUGAAAUAUGGCAACCCUAACAAAAUCUUCCUGGCACUCCUGCUACUAACAUUUGUUAUUACAGAAAGGGUGAGGGGAGGCUUGUAGAUGCGUGCCUCAUCUCUCUCCCAGACUCCCACCCACCACCCACCCAUCUUCCACUUGCCUUCCCCCCUUAACUUCCCAAGUGCACAACUUUCUAUCCCACUCCGGCCCGCGGCUCCACUCCGCGCGGCCCCUUUAACUUCCCCCUCUCUCCCCGAGCUCUGUGGGCGGAGCCGAGCCAGGCUGGGGCGGAGGGGCGGGCUCAGCGUGUCCAUGGCGACGCGGCGGUGACGUGCGAGAGGGGGGCGUGGGCGUCCCGGCUCCAUAUGAGGCGGAGGGGGGGAAAGCGAGGGGGGCCAGAGCCCGAGUCCAACCCGGCGGCUGCAGCGCGAGGAGCCAUGAAGACCCCGGCGGACGCAGGUGGGGACCGCGGGAAGGUCCCAAGCUUGGGUGGGGAGAUGGGGGUCCCCCGGUGGGGGAGGAGUAAAAGGGGGGUGUCGCUUAGGGAGGGGGGGUCGGCCGCGGCACGUGGGCUUGGAAAGUUGGAAAGAUGCGGGGAAGUUUUCCCAGCAAAACGACCCCGGGAGAGUUCGGACUUUGGGGGUCCCGGAGGGGUAAAGGGGUAAUCGUGCGUUAUCUGUGCGCAAGAGAUUCCUGGGUGAACCGAGAGGGACGGAUCCUGCUCCGGAGGAGGGGAAGGAGGAAGGGGAGACGUUUCUAUACAAUCCUGCAAGGAGCGGCAGGGAUCCACCGGGGAGCGAGGGAGGGAGACGAGGCAAGAUCCGCAGCGGGCUCCGGCUCCCGUGCCUGGAGCGAAGCUGCAAUGGAGGUUCCUGCAGGGAAGGGAAUGGUGUGCAAGCAAGUUUUUUUUUUUCCCUUCCCGCCCCCUCCUCCUCCUCCCCCUCCCGGAGUCCAUCUCUGGCAGCUAAUGGAGGCUACUUAACUCUUGUUUCCUGUCCAUCGAGCCUCUCGGGGGAGAUCCUUUCGCAGGGAGGCGGGCGAGGAGCGGGAGGCAGCCCACCCUUCUCUUCUCCGGGCUCCGCCGGAGUUUGCGAGCAGGAGCGGCGCAGGGACCUGUUGCAUUUCCCUGCCCGGCUCCGUUUCGCGCGUGGCGGUGCCCGCUUGGCCUCGGGACGGAGCGCUCCAGCCGGGAGUUUCCGCUGCUGUCCUGGAAUGGAGGGGGUGGGGGGCGUGAGCGGAGUUAUGGGGGCGACUUUGGGGAGGUGGGGGGUCGGGGGCGCCCUGGGUGUUUCUCUCCCGCCCCCUCCGGCCCGCUUGUUCUGCAGUGGGUGCUGCUGGCAGACUGAGGGGGCAGGGAAAUGAAUGGGGGGGGGGUGGCUGAGGCUGUGUGGGCCCUGAUUUGUGGGGGUGGAAUCUGCGUGUGUGGCAAUUGUGGAGGCCUCGGGCUAUGUGUGUUUCUCUCCCUUUUUUCCGCUCUCUACUUCCCACCCCCAACCGUCCCACAGCCGUGGGGUUGUGGGAGUUUUUGAAACCGGAUUAGCUUCGGUUUCGGAUAGACUGAAUCCCGGUGGGUUUUCUUUGGGGGGCUGUGGGGUGGGGUGGGGAGAUGUUGGAGAGACGUUACUCAACGCCACGUUGCCGAAACCGGAUUAGACAUCCAUAGCCGAAUGCGGUGGGAUGUUUGCGUUCGCUUUGGGGAAAGGGGUGCACUUCGGAACUGGGGAAGUGGCCGGGGCGCUCUCCUCCCGUCCCAUUGUCACCUUGGAAGCGAUUAAAAGUGAUAACACGGUAAAAAGACAAACGAGGCAUGUGAUUUCCUUUUCCCUGGUUACGGUGUGUGUGUUAUAUAUUCCCCCGCAAAAAAAAAUAAAAAUCAAAUCUGGAGGAUAUUGUUGGCAAGUGGAAACGGUUCACGGCGCAUCGCGGCGUGCGUGUAUGUAAAUACGGAGCGAGGGGAGCCCGUGAAACGGAGAAAAAGUUACAAAGCGUUCCGAACUGGAAAUUCUGCGUUCGAAAAAGGAACUUUUGUUUCCGACAAACAACGUGGUGUUAAGGUGGCCUGGCGGGGAUGGUCAGUGGAAGCGCGGCGGUGUGGGGGGUGGCCUUGCAAGUUGUGCAUUAGUUGGUUUGGGGGUGGGGGUAUCUCAUGCCUCCUUUAUCACCCUCGAACUCCCCACCACCUCAAACAUAAGUAAGCCAGGUACAUGGCGGGCGGGGCCCUCUUUUACACCAGCUGGCAAAUGCUACCUUAAAUGUAGCUUCAGUUUUCUUGUAGCGGGUUGGGGGGGGGGAGGUUAAUCUCCAACCUCAAAUUCUGGACUUUAACCUCUUUAUAAGGAAGGGGGGUGUCUCUGUAGAAGAAUGCCCUCCCCUCCCCGCUUCUUGAAAUAAAAACAAAAAAACCCCCAAGAAUCAAAAUCCGGCCUGAGUUGAAUUCACUGGAUUGGCGAGUGCGGGGGGAGGAAUUGCUUGCCCACCUUUAAGCGGGGUACACUUAGAUGUGUGUGGGAGUGUUGUCGGAUCACUUUUACUAAGCUGGGCUCUUGCGGGGGGGGGGGGUUGCCGUCUUAAAAAUGGCCUUGCAGCGGUUUCCGUUUGAGGGCAAGUGGUUGGUGGACUUUGCUCCUUGAAAGGAGUUUGCGCGGGGGGGGCGGGAGGCGGAUACGAAAUAAAGCUGAGGUUGCAUUAGGAGGUGGAGAAACAAUUUGUUUGAAAGGGGCUUAAAAAAAUCUUUUUGCAUUGUGUGUGUGUGGACAGACAGCAGUUCCUUUAAAUUUUAUUUUUAUUUUUAUUUGGCAGAGGCUCUGGGGAGGGGUCAGAUUCUUUCCUCUGUUCUCUUCGCUCUCACCCCCCCUCUCCUUCCUCUCUCUCACUCUCUGGUUUUGUUCAGAGCUUCCACCCCAUCCCCCCCUGGCGCCACCCUCCCCCCUCCCUUCCGAGCCCGAUUGUCUGUCUCCUGGAAUCUUGUGUGUCUUUUUUUUUUUUGAAGUGCUUCUGUUCGGACUUGUCUUUCCCUCACACCUCCUCUUUUGCAGUAAUCGAGGCCACUGAAAACUCUUCUCUCUCCCCCCCUCCCCUUAAACUCUGGGAAAGUUCUUUUCUUUGGGCGUCUGUUUAAAAAAAGAAAAAAAAGAAACCCUAAUAAUAAUUCCUGGGCCUCGCCCAAGCCGCUAGGAAAAUAAAAUCUUGCAGCGUUAACCCCCAUGUUGGAAUCUUUCUCACACACAGAGCGAACGCAGAUCCCAGAUCUGAAAGCAUUCAGAUCCCAAUUGCAAGGCGCUUAGUUUUUCCACCGUCUGAAAAACGCUUUAAAAAAAAAACCCCAUCAACUUUGUUUUUGGCGCGGGAGGGGGGGAGGAAAGAGGUGUCUGGCUUCGUCUUUAUUGCCACCCCUCGCUGGCAUGCUUCAUGCAGACGGCCUCUGAUGUGGCUUCUACUAGCUGAGCGGGGCCCCCCUCCCUCCUCCCCCCUCACCCCGCUUGCCUUGCUGAAAGCCAGAGAAUGGUAGACUUGUGCAUGUGGCUUUAAGAAAGCUGUUAGUAUUGGGGAGUGAUGUAAUAUUAAGGGUCCCCCCCCCUUCUGAAGCCGGGAUUGAAUUCCAGCCCUUUUAGCUUCUGGCUCCGGGGAUUAGUCACAGGGGUGGUGUGGUUUGGAGUGUGUAAAAGGGGGGGGGGUGUGAUUUAAAGAGAUAUCAACUUAAUUUCCAGUUUUCUUCUCUUCUCCCUCCCCCCUCCCACUUUUUCUUCUUCUUUGCUGUCUUCCAGGAAAUCCCUGAGCAAAUAACCAUAGAGCCCCUUCUUCAAAACAGACCAUAGUUCCUUGGAGGGGAGGGGAGGGAGGAGGGUCUCUGUGUGGCUAGCCUUGAGUUAGUCAACCAGACAAAAGGAGGUAAAGUGUUUUUAAGAUGGAGUCCCCUUUCAGCUGAGCUUUGAAAUAAAACACACACACACACAAAUGCUAGAACUCUGGCAAGCAGGAGCAGUUUCAGCCCCCCCCCAUACACACACUUUCUCUCUCUCUUAGGAAGCAGUGGAAAAUAGGAAGGGGGGCGUGGAGGGCUUGGCUUGGCCAGAGGAGCCUUUAAGCCAAGCCUGGGGUUGCGAACACUGUGUGCAUUGUGUGUACGUUUUUCGUGCGCCUUGCUGCUCUCUCAGUGUCAGGGAAAAUACCCCUAAUUGCCUUCAGUUCCCCCAUCUGGGGCAUGUGCAUGGGUCAAAGGUGUUCUCCCCCUGCCUGCCCUCUCUGGGACAGAGCUGUGGCUCCGGGCUGCCCUCCUGCCACAGAUGGGUUUGUGUGGCAUGGCUGGUAUCCCUCACUCUCUGCCUUGGAGCCCUGCAGAGAUGGGGAAACGGGGUGGGCUUCGUUUGAUGAGAGAGAUCUCUUGCCAGUGGGGCAUCUGGGACCCAUAAAAGACUGGGAGAGGUGGCUGGAAAGGGUUCGGCGGUGAUGACAAACGCUCUCUCUCCCUGCUUAGUAUGGCUUGGGUGGGUGGCAAGGACCUGCCACGAGCUCUGUGGUAGGGACGGCUGGUGUCUCGUCGUCUUCCCCCACCCCAGCCAGCCAGCCAGUCCCUUGGCACAGGCCUGCCUCUGGUUUGUGCCAGAGCUGGGGGCACUGCCAGCCAACAGACGGUGGUUUUUGCCGCCAACCUCCCCGUGGGUUGGCAAAGGAGGUGGCUGAGUUGGUGGAGACAUGGUGGCAACAGCCAUGGGCGCAGGGUGGGUGGCAGCAGAGGACUUGUUGAAACGGUCUUGUGCCUCUUCCACUCUGGAAUAAUGGGGGGGGGGGAGAAAAGCCUCUUGGCUGUGGCGUGUUGUGGUAGGACUUGGAAGGCAAGGAUAAUAGGGUGGGUGUGAUCCUGGGUUCCUCGGUUUGGGUGCAAAUGGGACUUUUGUGAAUAAAGAAGGAAGUGUGUGUGUGUGUGUGUGUGUGUGUGUGUGUCUGCAUAACUACUUCUUUAUUUUAGUAGAGGAGAUAGCAACCUAAACCCUUUCCCUGGAAGAUUAAAUCUCUGCAGCCUGAUCAUUGAGAGGGAGCUUCUGGGUGGGUGUAAAAUGAUAAGAGGAUUGUGUCUUUGAGCAAUGGGGCAAUGCAACAAGCACCAUCCUCCUUUCUCCCCUCUUCCCUCUCUCCCGGCCAUAGGAACAGGAAUGUGCCUGGUGCGUUCCUGGGAGGGUGUUAGUUGGUGAGAAUCUAAACAGCAGGACAGGGUCUGCAGGAUAGGCAACUGGAGGGGAGGGGGGUGUUGGAAGAGCUUGCCCUUUUAACCGGCUGUCAGCUCUGCCAGGCUCUUCCUCUUCCUCCCUUUCUCCUGCCAUAGGAUCUUCCAGUUGGCUUGCCCCCAUAGCAGGCACCCCACACUUCGUUAAGAGGAGACCAAAGUUUUGCAAGAGGCCUUUCCUCUUUAGCUGACGGGACUCUAUACCCCCUUCCCUCCAACCGCCCUGAUCCAAAAUGAUUGUGCCAGCUUGGAGGUCAAGCCCGACUGCAGGAUUGCCCUGCAGAGAAGAGAAGAGCGGGGUGGACCAGGAAGCCAAAUUUCCUCUCCCCCCAGCCACCACCACUCACCUGAGGUCUGAUGUACACAGGUGAGUUGGUUCCAGCAUGCAAUAUCAUUGGCACAUGCACCAUUCUUUGUGCAUCAUUUAGCACAUCAGUGGGGCCCUGUAGGUGCGUCUAGGAUCCCAGCUUACAUUGGAUGGAGGUUUACAGUCCAUUUGGAAGGCCACAUGUUCCCUAUGCCAGACUUUAUUUUAGUGGCCGUGCAAAUGUUCGCUAGCAUCACUGAGGGCCAGCCUGCAUCUCGCAGCAUCAGGUGCAUGAGCCUGCAAUUGGGUACCACUAUACACAUACACAUUUUUUGUCUUGACAACAUGAACACUGCCAUUUUUCUAUUUCUUUUUUUAAAAGGGUGGAGGUAUAGCCCUCUCCCACAGAUAAGUCCUUCUGCCGACACCCAGGCUAUCCUGGUACAUGAGGUUUCUGCUUCUUUUAAUGUGUGGUGUCCAUGUCUGGAAAAGCAAUCCUAUGCAAAGACAUUUCGGGGGAAGUUUUGCAUUGCUGGGAGAAAUGCCCUGAUUGUCAUAAUCAUGUGAAGGGCCCCCACCCGCCUUAAACUCCACGACGGAGGGGAGGGGGUUGCUCCUCCGGCUCUGUUACACCCCGGGAGGACUCCGCUGGUGGGGGUGGCGGGGGGAGUGUAUCUGGUAGCACCAGCCGGAGAACAGUAGCCCAUUCAGCACACUGUGUUUAGUUCUCUGCAGGCGGCUGAUGUCACGGCCUUCCUCCCCCCCUUUUUCCUCCACCGCCUUCCUAAUUAGUGAGAACAGGACUGUGUGUGUGUAAGAGGGAGAGAGUUGGGGCUGACUCACAUGCUGCAGCCGGGGGAGGCAAGGGGAGCAGGGCUGGCUUGUUUCUUCCCCGGCCCCCUCUUUUUCUCUCGCCCCCCCCUUCCACCCUCUUCAAACUCACAGGAACUGGGAGAUGGGAUGUCGUCCACCCACUCCACUGCUGGUGGAAAACAAUUGGGGGGCCUGGAUGGGACGCGAAACCAGGAGUCAAGCGGGGCAUAUAGGGGAACCUAAGAUGUACCUGGAAAUGGCUCCCCCCCCUUCCACCAGCCCCAAACAGGUGCUACUGAGCUUGAUGCUUCACAACGCACUCCUUUUGUGAAGGAGCGGGAGCAACUUGCUCCAAACUUUCUCCUCUCCCCCCCCAAAUGUGGCUGAUAUUGGGGAGAAGGGACCCCGCUGCUUUUCGAACCAAGAGUCUUGCAUGGGCACCUGCUGUAUCUGAAGCUGCUUUUGCGCCGGGCAUCAGGGCGGGGGGUUAUUGUGCCUCCCCAUACCGCCAGGGCGUAGUUGUGGGGUGCCUGUGGCUGCCUCUCCUUGGGGUGCUGCCCAGUUCACGCUGUGCCUUUUCUCCCUUCCUCCCCGUUUAUUUUUAGCCUCUUGUCUCCCUUGCUGUUGCCUGUUGCUUGGAGACUGGUACUUUGUGGGGGGGGGGGGGAGCGGGGUGGUUUCUGUUUGUAAAAGGCCCUUGUGGUGCCAGGGAGCAAGGCAGCGAGGAAGAUGCUCAGCUGAAAUUGUGGUCCGGGGGAGGCGCAACUCUGCUUCCCCAUCCCUGCCUGGACCGCACUUUAGCCCUUCCCUUUUGCCUGUUGGGGAAUUCAUGGGUGCCGGGGCUGUUGGGACACACACACAACACGGAAUAGCUUUGGAGCGCCCCCCCCCCCCAAGGCAUGCGUCUGUGGGACCCACCUCUAGCCCUCCCGCCCCCCUCCUCUCCAGAUGACAUCACCACCCUAAUGGCUUGGUCUGUGCGCCGAGAUGCCCUUGAGCCGGCGCCCGCCCGCGUCCCCAGCCUCCAUUACAGGGCCCUGAAUUAUUGAUGGGCUCAGAGCGCCUGGGGUUUGGGAAAUGGGAAACCACAGUGCCCCCCUCCUUCCCCCCCCCCGGCAAAGCUCAGACACCCCCCUCCCCCAAGGCAUUGGGCAUAGGCUCAGCAAUUUCAAGCCAAGGAGAUCAUGAUGGGUUUGGUGAGGGGGGGGGCGGAGAGAAAAGCGAAGAAGGUUGUGGGGUGGUGGUCUCCCUACAACCACCCAUAUACUCGUUGCUGCGUGAGGGAGUUGAACUGCUUUCUCUGUAUGGAUUUGGUGUGCCAGGCAUGCCCUACUGACCCGUACACAAGAGAGUGGCAUCGCCCUUGGAGCUGAGGCUGCUGGACCCCAGGACCUGGGAAACCUGGAUUCAAAUCCCUGCACCCAGUCUGUUCGCUGGGCUGAGCUACCUCACAGGGCUGUUGGGAGGGCUUACCUACAACCCUGUGAGUCUUGUUGACGAAAGGAAAGAUGGGAUGUAAAUACGCUUUAAACCAAACGGUGGGUUUGUGUGGCACUGAGUUUGUGAGGCGCGCAGAGGUCGGAGCGUGUCCAAACUGGAAGGGCCCCCAGGAUCCUUUAAGGAGACCUCCCCCCCCCAAAAAAAAUUGCUUUAACUUGUGGGUGAUGGAUGCACCCCUUCUGUUCCUCGGGCCUAGUGGGAGGCCCCAUUCCCUGCAGGGCCAGCAUGGAAACAGCCCUAUUGUUUUCCCUUCCGACUUCCUGUUUAUGAGAGAGCAGCUAAAAUUUGGUGAGGUGGGUGGGAACAGGCGUGUUAUCCCCCCCCCAUCCCAGGAUGUGUCAGAAACAAGUCUGUGGGGUGUUUGGGGACCCCCGCCUGCGUCCCACCCUCCUCAAAAAAGUUUUGAUCCUUGGUGCUGCCAACACAGGCCUCCUACGCACGGGGUAGUCUUAGGCCUUGGGUGUGCUUCUGACGUCCUCUUGUGUUUUCCCGGCCCCCCCCCCCCCCGCUGCAGCAGCAGCCCCACAGCCACCCCCCUCCCCAGGAAUGCUCUGGGGCUGGGCUAGGCUGCUGCCUCGUGGCUGGAAAAAAGGGCCCCUUGUCUGGGAGCUGCUGACCUCAGCCACUAACCAUCCCCCCCUUGCCCAGUGAGAACAUGGCACAAAGAGCCUUCCUUCCCCCCUUUCUCCUCCCCCCCUUUUAAACAUGUUGAUGCUUCCCUCUCUCUCUGUGCCAUAAUGGGGCUGAUUCUUCCCAGAGUUGCACCCCUUAGGUCUCCUUCCCCCCCCCCCUUUUGCUCAGUGUGUGUUUUGCUCUCGGGGUGGAGAUUGUUGUACAGGUAUGGGUCCCCGGGGCAGGACUCGGUAAGUUUGCUGAUGGAGGCCGCCAGCUCUGGCUUCUUCGCACCCCCUCCCUCCCUCCCAGGUAGAGGGAGGCUUAACAUCAAGAGGCAAGCCUGGGCUGUUCCUCCCUCCCACCCACGCUUGGAGGAGGAUCUGGUUGGGACCCAGCCUGGAAGUCGCAAGGCGGCUUGGCCGGCCUCCCAGCCUCCUGGCUGCACAAGAGGAGAGGCGGCGGCGGCAGCCGCCGGUUUCCUGUUUUUCCCCUCCCUGUGUGUGUGCUGGGGGGAUGGCAGGGAGGGGAGAAAAAUCCAUGCACCUCGUAGUUUCAUCCUGCGGGGAGAUGGGCCGGCGGAGUCCUGAACUUCCAGCCCUCCCUUGGCUGUAACCACUGUGCCCUACUGCCAGCACUUACCGAUGGGAUGCGGGAAGCGGAUCAGAGUAUGGGAAAUGACAGGACCUUUGUUCCAAGUCUCCCCCUCCUCCUCCUUCUUUUUUUUAACAUGAAAAUUAUUUGCUUCUCUCUCUCCCCCUCCCCGCAACCUGGCUGCUGCCUUCUCCAUCCCGAGCUGGCUAACUCUACUUUUCUCAUUGCCAGGGUUCGCCUUCCCAGACUGGGCCUACAAGCCAGAGUCGAGCCCCGGCUCGCGCCAAAUCCAGCUGUGGCAUUUCAUCCUGGAGCUUCUGCGCAAAGAGGAAUAUCAUGAUGUCAUCGCCUGGCAGGGGGACUACGGCGAGUUUGUCAUCAAGGACCCGGACGAGGUGGCUCGCCUCUGGGGGGUGCGGAAGUGCAAGCCCCAGAUGAACUACGACAAGCUGAGCCGGGCCCUGAGGUGAGUCGGGGGGGGGCGGGAGCUGGCAGAAAAGGGAAACCCCGAGAGUCUGCUUCCCUUGUCCCUGCCCUCCUGGGCUGUUCGAACCUGGCUGUGUAAACCCUGGGAACCAAUAUAUAGAGUAGAAACCUGUAUCCUGAGACUGCAGCCUUUUUUAUUUUCAAAACAUUGCAUGGUGCUUGUCCUUAACGGCUCCAGAAACAGCUUGGCAGCACUUGGUUAUAUCCAGAAACAGGGAGGAGCGAACAGAGGGGAAGACUCCAGAGUUCCUUGUCUGCCUCCCACUUCGUUUGUGAACAGACUUCCCUGCUUAAUCCUUUGCUGUCUGACCACACACACAGAUACACUAUUUUCUGAAUCUUCAGAGCAGAAUGAAUUGCGGAAGCCGUCAAAUGUUGCCUCCUUCAUUCUGAGUUUAUUUUUUGCUUUCGUUGGUGCAUAAUACGUAAUUUUUAAGAAAUCAUAAAAUUGUAGGGUUGGAAAAGGGACCAUGAGGGUCAUUUAGCCCAACUCCCUGCAGUGCAGGAAUCUUUCAUUCAUCUUGGGACACAAACGCAUGACCCUAGUGCUAAUCACGCAAGCCCCCAGUUCUCUGCUUUGUUUUGUUCCGCUCACCUUUGCAAAAGAGGCUCGGCUCAAAAUGUGUGGCACGCUUGUGAAACCGCACCAGCCCAUUGUGCCCGGCCAUAGUAUUGCUUUUGGAACGGUGCCUCACAACGACCCUGUAAGGUAGGCCUCUCUUGCUCCUUCCUGAGAACAAGUCUUCCCAUCACCCUAAAUCCACAGUCUCAGGUUUGCGUUGGUUCUGUGUAUCUAAAUGGAAGACCUCUGGCUUUGUAAUGCAGCUGUUGGGAACCUUUGGCCCUCCAGAUUUUGCUGAGCCCCAAUGCUCAUCACUCCCUGGCCAUUGACUGUGCUUGCUAUGGCUGAUGGGAAUUGUAGUUCCGCGACAUCUGGCUGGCCAAAGCUUCCCCAUGCCUGAUAACAGUGAUUUGCGUAUAGUCCUGCCAGGAGGUUCCAUCACUUUUGCAAAAGGAUGGCUGCAGAGCAGAGGGUGCUGGAUUCAGUCUGAUUCAGAAGCAGGUGAUGAGGAAAGACCUCUGCUGGAGAACGGCUGCCGUUCAGAGCAGGUUGCGCUGGGCAAGAUGGCCAAAGUCCAACAUGGUACAAGGCAGCUCUUUGCGUUUCAUCGGACCAGAGUUGCAAGCCGGAAUGAUGGCCAUUUUGGAGUCUGUACAGAGUUAGUAGCCAGAAAGGGACAUUCACGCCAUAUAUUUAAAACUAUGAUACCACUUCCUGCAAAGAAUUCUGGGAGGUGUAGUUUGUUAAGGAUGCUGAGAGUGGCCAGGAUACCCUCUGUUCCCCUCCCAGUACUACAGUUCCCAGAGAUCCCUGUGAAGAGAGAUUGACUGAUAAAGCAUUCUUGAGAAUUGUAGCAGCUUAGCGCGCUCUCUCUCUCUCUCUCUCUCUCUCUGUGUGUGUGUGUGUUUGCGCGCAUGCACAUGUAUGUGGUGGGGGAGGUUGAUAAAUCACUGUCUCCCCACCUCCAGUACCCACCUGUGCAACGGGGAACAUAACCUCACAGCAGGAAAUAAUAUGCACGCUUGUGGGAGCCGAUAACUCCAAGGAGACAAAUAGAACAGAGGUUUCACUCUUGAGCUGGCAGCAAGUAAGGGGCUUAAAUCUGUUUCCGCCUCCUGUGGGAUGGUGAAAAUGAAGCUUUAUGAAUGUUCUCUAGCCAUCACCUGGAGGAGAUGGGUAACCCAGGCAUCCAAGCAAGUGAUAAAUUUCUUGUUCCACCAUGAGGUCUAGAAACUUGUCUGUUGUUAACAGGUUGUGCUGAAUAGGUGCCCAGGCCGCAAAAAACUCAAAUCUGCUCUGAGUGUGGAGGAACCACAGAACUGCCCACCAAGUAUUCAGUGUCUGAAGAGUUUCUGUAGUGGGUGUUCAACGGGGCUUGUGAGUCACUGACCUUCCUCUCCUCCUCCUGCGCCUUGUCCUCCUUCAGGUACUACUACAACAAGCGGAUCCUACACAAGACCAAGGGCAAACGUUUCACCUACAAGUUCAACUUCAACAAGUUGGUGCUGGUCAACUAUCCGUUCAUUGACAUGGGCAUGGCAGGUGAGUUGGGGGGAGGGCAAAGAAACCAAAAGUUUAAACCAGGUGCAGGGAAUCUUUGGCCUUCCAGAUGUUGUUGAGCUACAGCUCCCAUCAGCCCCAACAAUCGGGAGUCCAUGGGCCAAGGAGAAUGUUGGGAGUUGUAGUUUGGCACCAUCUGGAGGGUCCAAAGGUUCCUUGCACCUGGCUCAAGCAAAGGUUUUCAUUAGAGGAAUGUUUAGCCGGCAAAUGCAUGUCAACAUGCAGAAGUGGUGAAAGUGAUGGGGUGGGUUUUUUUUGCAAAGAUUGGGGGUGCUACCUUGGUGUACGAACAAAGCACCCCUCCCCUAUAUGGUGGUAGCUACACAAAAGGCAUAAUGUAGAAUCUCGUGCCUGCUCUUCCCUGUGCACAGGGCCAGGGGCAAAGUCACCUGUUACAGGAAUGCAGGCGUUCUGUACAUGAGGUUCAGCCCCUGAUGUUCCUACGGAAAAGGUUUUUGGGGCUGUGCUACAGCUGAUAGAAAUUGAAGCCUGAAAUAUCAGUGGAUGUGCAGUGAAGGCACCAGAAUGAAUUGCACAACUUUUGGGGGCUGCCACCAAGAAGACCCUCUCCUGGGCCACCACUAUCACCCAAACUUCCGAGGGAGGUGGAAAAUUGGCUGAUCUAAAAGCCCAGUAGGGAGGGAGGGAGGUCGUCUUUCAGGUACUGUACUAAGAUAGCUCAGUUGGUUAGAGCGGGGUGCUGAUGACUCCAAGGUUGCAGGUUCGAUCCCUGUAUGGGGCAGCUGCAUUGCAGGGGGUUGGACUAGCAAAUCAUCAGGUUCCUUUCCAACACUACAAUUCUAUAAGUCAAUCAAGGCUGUAUACACGAAUGGUGAGCACCAUGAAUUGGGCCUGAAACUGCACAGCUAGCCGAUACUGGAUAUGUACAUGCUAGAAUUUUAUCUUGUCAGCUGUCUUGAGAUUUAUGGAUGAAGGGUGGUAUGCAAAUUUAAUUUAAUAAUAAUAGAAUUUUGGAGGGAUGCGAUAGAAGGCAGAAGGAAAGUAAGGAUAGGACUGGGUCAAUUUUGUCUACUUCCUCCUUCCUCCUCCCAUAUGUUGGAUCUCCCUAACUUCUCUUCGUUUCCGCAGGCGGGGCUGUGCCCCAGAGCGCCCCUCCCGUGCCAUCCGGCGGCUCCCACUUCCGCUUUCCCCCCUCGACACCGUCCGACGUGCUGUCUCCCGCCGAAGACCUGCGCUCGCCGGGCGUCUUCUCGGCCGUGGCGCGCCGCCUGGCGCGGGGCUCGGUCAGCGACUGCAGCGACGGCACCUCUGCCAACUCGGAGGUGGAGGAGUCCCUGGCUGAGGAGCAGCGUCGCGGCGGCGGGGAGCCCGGAAGCUUCCGGGGCCCCCCGGUGCCCGGCCACGCCCGCUUGACCCAUGACGGCCUCUUCCGGGUCUAUCCGCGCCCACGGGUCCCCGAGCCCCUCAGCCCUUUUCCUGUGUCUCCCAUGGCCGGGCCGGCGGGCCUCCUGCCCCCUCAGCUGUCCCCGGCUCUCCCCCUCACGCCCACGCACAUGAACUACACCCCUUCACCCACCCUCAGCCCCAUGUACCCUGGCGGCUCCCACUUCUCCUUCAACCCAGAGGACAUGAAGCGCUAUCUCCAGGCCCACACUCAGAGUGUGUACAACUACCACCUCAGCCCCAGGGCCUUCCUCCACUACCCAAACAUCGUCAUCCCGCAGCCCCAGCGCCUCGAGAAACCGCCCCUGCCACCGCCGCCGCCACCGCAGGCCGAAGAGCCGCCUUCCCCUUUCAAGUUCAAGCUGCAGCCGCCGCCAUUGGGGCGCCGCAACCGUGACAAGCAGCAGCCCCCUGGCCUGCCCCCGGGAGAGUCCAGCAGCGGCAUGCCGUCCUCCUCCUCUUCUUCUUCCUCCUCUGCCUCUACAUCUGGGGCGGAGCCGCCUCUGCUGCCCCAGAUCAAGGUGGAGCCCAUUUCUGAGGGUGAGUCGGAGGAGGACCUGACCGUCGAGGUGACCGACAUCAGUGAAGACGACGAGGACGUCUUCAAGGCUCCUCUUGUGCCUCUGGAAAAGCUGGAAGAGGAGGAGGAGACCCCGGUGGCCGCAAUGGCGGCCGCGCCUCCCGCCUCCCGUGCCGGGGAGAGCGGCAAAUGCAUCCCUCUCAAGCUGCGCUUCAAGCGCCGCUGGAGCGAGGACCAGAGGCUGGAAGCGGGCGCGGGGGCCGAAGAAACGGAUGACAAGAAGGUGAAGGGGGAAGACGACGCCAGCAGCCACGGGGACGGGGUGGGCGGCCGGCGGAUCAGCACUGAGCUGCAGCGGGCCACAGCCGAACUGACCCUGGAGAACCGGGAUUCCUAGAGCUGGGAUGCGCAGCCCCCCCACGGCUCCCUUCCCAGGACAGACGGACAAAAUGGGCAGGUGGGGGAAGAAGGGGGGGCUGGUUUUGCUGCCUUAACUCAGAGAUUAUCUUUUUACCUUUUGUCAGUUUCCCUUCUCUCCACCCCUCCGCCCCCUGUUUAUUCCGGAAACUCUGUAAAUUUUAUUAUUAUUUCUUAUCUGGAAGCCAGACGAAAAGGAAGAAAAAAAAAAAGAGGAAAGAAAAAGAAUUAGGGGGCGGGGCGAAAAAAAAAUAUUGAACAGUUUUUACGUGUCUAUAUACAUAUAUAAAUAUAUAUAUAUAAACUCUUUGCGGGGAGGGGGGAUUUCUAAAAAAAUUAAUAUGCUGGGACGACUUUUAAGGGUUCUCUUUAUUCCUGUUCAACCCCCUUUCCCUUAAAAUCCUUUAAGGUUAUAUAGUCCAAGGCCUUUGUUAAAAAAAAGAAAACCCCGCAGGAAUGAGUAGGGUUUUUUAUUUUUUAAAAGAACGAAAGCUCAUAAUAUUGGUUUUGCCUUCACGGGGUUUUUUAAGGGGUGGUCUUACUAAAAGAACCCACCUCCCCGAUAUUUUCCUUCUCUCCCCCCCCCCCUUGCGAUUGGCAAGUUUUAAGCACAAUACACUUUUUAAUCCUCCAGGGGAUUGAGAAGAGAAUUAGCCAUAUUUCUCACGCAUCUCACUCCAUUUUAAUAGCGCCCAAGAAGUGGGGUACGGGGUAAUUAAUAUCCCCUUCUAACUCAUACUAUGUAGAAGUGAUGUACCUUUUUAAAAAUAAAAUACACCCCCCUCAACUACGCUCUUCCCCUGCCCCACCAAAAAAACACAGAAACCAACCUCAUUUGCCUGAGGGUCCUAGGGCAGAGAGUGUUGGACUGCUCUUGAGUCUCGCUCCAGAGCAUCAUCUUAAUCUCUUCCCCCAGCCCAUCUCUCAUAUGAAUAGUAAGCUGGUAUAUUUGUGAAACCUUGGGAUCCAAAAUAAUGACAGAAGAGGGAUUUCCACCCACCCACCCGCCCCUCCAAAGAAACUCCUUCAUAAUCCAUUGCUUUAUGUAACCAAAAAUGAAAUAGUGGGCUUGGUCACAGUGUGCCCGCCUCUCUGCCUGUCCCACUGUGGUCUUGGGUGGGUGGGAUUUCAAAGGGGUUUUUAAGUGCCUGUUGCAAGUGCUUUUUCCAAGAGAGUGGGCACUCCUAUUUCUUUUUUUCCCCCAUCCCUACUUUUCCAAUACUCUUUGUCCCACGAAACCCCCCUCCCUUCCUCUCUCCACGCCUCUUCCCCCACCCCCAAAUUAAGGCACUGUUUCGCCACCUCGCUGAAUAAAUCCCUCCUUGAGAGGGAGGGCCGGAAGCUGCCCCACCUCCCCCUUUCUGUCAAAGAGGGAGAUUUGGAGCCAGGGGGUAGGGGGUGACUGCAGGAUGACAGUGCCUUGCAAAAAAACAAAACAAAGCAGGGAUCUUUCCCCCCCAAACAAACACUUGUGUACCUCCUAAUUGCGCCCCAAACCCAAGCAGGCAUACCCGCCUUUGUUUUCAGCUACCCCACAUUCAAGCAGGAAAGAGACUUUUUCCAGUUCCCAGCAGGAGAGAGAAAUGUUGUCUGUUGUUUUUUCUGCAUCCAGACAAAAAAGCAAAACCACCACUCAAAACGGGUUUUGGAAGGGUGUUGUUAGCCCGGAAGGCUAGGUCUUUGAUCAUAACCUGCUGUUUGUAGGGUGGACAUAACGAGGCAUCAUGCUAAAGGGUUUUUUUUAAUACAGCCUUAUUCAAAUUCUUGUACAUAUCGAGGAAAUGGGGGUGUCUCAUUUUAAGAAUGUAAAAACAAAACAAAAAAAACACCAAUAAAAAAGGGUUUUGAGAUUUCAUAA